AUGGCUGAGUUUGGUUUUAAGGGCAAGCUGUUGGAGGGCCUUUAUGUGAUUGAUACAGAUGGUUUUUAUCUUUUCUGUUCCAUUUGUGGAGGGUCAGGUCAGUUGUAUGUCUGUGAAGAGAACGAUUGUGGCAGAACUUUCUGUGUAAGAUGUAUGAGACGUUAUCUGAGUACUGACGCCCAGAAACUGGUACAAGAGAAAUCCCCUUGGACAUGUUUCCUGUGUAACCAGUAUAGUAUAGAGAGUCAUGGUGCACUGGUACCCAGGGCCGAUUGGGAAGAUGAACUUGUCAAAUUCUUCAACCCAGAAUUUGAUCAGGUAACUGUGUCUCCAGUAUUUGAGAGUCAGUCUACUAGGAAGUUGAGAGUUCUUUCCCUUUUUGAUGGCAUGGGAUAUGUGAAGGUGGCACUGGAUCAGUUGCACUUGGACAUAGAGAAGUACUUUGCUGUUGAGAGUGAUGUAACUGGUAAACAAAUCAGCAACAAACAGUUUAAAUCUGAUAUCGUUGAACUUGGAGAUUUUAAUACUAUAACAAGGGAAAAGCUUAAGGAGAUAUGCCCAAUAGAUCUGGUUGUAGCAAGACCUCCUACAGAAGAUCUUGAUAUUACAAAUAGGGACCAUGAAGGCUUUAAUGGAUCAGGGUGGAUGAUGUUCAAAGUGUUGGAUAUGUUAAAGACUAUCCAGCUGAUCUGUAAGGGUACCAACACUGUAUACUGGCUGGUCGAGACGACGGCAACAAUGAUGUCUGAGUACAAAACAGUACUGUCCAAUUUAUUUGAGAGGGAACCAUGUAUGUGGGAUGCACAGUUUUUCUCACCAAUCAUCCUGCCGAAGUAUUACUGGGGAAAUAUUCCCGCCCUGUACAGUUCAUUCCAGUUUUACAAAGCCAACAAGGGACAAGUUCCAAACCUAGAUUCGUACAUUAUGACACAUGUGCACAGAUCUGCUGAGGUGAAAAGGUUACGUGGUUGGGCAAUAGUUACUUAUAUUGAAAGAGUCAAAGAAGACCAAAAUGAUCCUGAUGAAGGAGUGUUUAGUGAUUCACCUGAUGACCGAUCUGAAUCCUUUGAAAGGAUACUAGAUUUGAACUUUGUUGGUAGCAACGAGGAGGAGGCCCAUCCCGGAGGCAGGCAGGAGGAGGUCUUUGUUGGUAGUAGUCUGGUGGAUGACCUUGGUGGCAGUGACCUAGAGGAGGAGACCCAUGCCGGAGGCAGCCAGGAGGAGGUCUCUUUUGAUAGCAGUCUGGUGGAUGACUUUGGUAGCAGUGACCUAGAGGAGGAGGAGGAGGAAGAAAUCAUUAUACCACCCUCUGUACCAAAGAUGAACAUUGAUGACAGCACAGUGUUUACUUUACCUGUGAAAAUGAAUGGAAAGGAUGUAGAGAUUUGGCCAACAGAAGUUGAAAAACUUCUCGGAUUACCAAUCCACUACACAGAUACUGGCAUAAGUUUUCGCAAGAGGCAAAAAGAACUGAUGAAAGCAUCAAGUAUUGAUGUGCUAAAACAUGUCCUCACUCCUCUCAAAGAAACAUUCUCUCAGCAUUCUUAAAAAAAAGCAAGAUAGUGACAUAAAGCUGAGUGCAAAUCUCUAAUGGAUAUAUUGUUGAUUGCAAUAACUUCUGUAAAACUAAUUGAUCAUUUCCUUUUUUUAUAGUUACCAGAUUAAGAAACAAGUAAUUAAAAAGGACAAGUCUUUGUUUGUGGAUAUUUGUUUAAAGAUUUCACCUUAUAAAAAUUGUGAUAUUUUUAUGCCCCCCCUUUCGAAGAAGAGGGGGUAUAUUGUUUUGCUAAUGUCGGUCGGUCUGUCUGUCUAUUGGUCUUUCCAUCGGUAGACCACAUGAUUUCCCUUGAUUAUCUUGAAAACAAUUUAUCUCAAAGUCCUCAUAUUUUACAAAGUGAUUGGGUCACUAGGUCAAAGGUCAAGGUUACAGGGGCCUUAAAUGGUAAAAUGAUUUACGCUUAUUAUCUUGGUUACUAUUAAUCACAUGCAGUCUUCAUAUUUCACAUAUUGAUUGGUCAUAACCUGUAGAUGACCCCUAUUGAUUAUGGGGUCACUAGGUUAAAGGUCAAGGUCACAGGGGCCUUAAAUGUUGGAAUGGUUUUCGUUGAUUAUCUUGAAAAGCAUUCAUCACAAAGUCUUCAUAUUUCACAUAUUGAUUGGGAUUUUAGAUCACCAGGUCAAAAGUCAAUGUUACAGGGUCUUCGAAUGGUAGUAUGAUUGCCUUUGGGGUUACUGAUUCAAAGGUCAAGGUCACAAUAGCCAUAAAUGUUAGAAUGGUUUCCGCUUAUUAUCUUGAAAACUAUCACAAAGUCUUCAUAUUUCACAUACUGAUUGGUAAUAACUAGUAACUAUUGAUUUUAGGGUCACUAGGUCAAAGUCACAGGGUUCUUGAAUGUUAGUAUGGUUUCCGCUCAUCUUGAAAGCUAUUUAUCACAAAGUCUUCAUAUUUUUAAUAUUGAUUGGUCAUAACUAUUAGAUGACCCCUAUUGAUUUUGGGUCACUUGUUCAACGGUCUAGGUCACAGGGGCCUUAAAUGUCUCAUUAUCUUCAAAACUAUUUAUCAUAAAGUCUUCAUUAUUUUUCUUUUUUCCAUAAUUGAACACUUCCAUGUACCCAUUUAUGGCAAGUUUCUAUAACAAAAUUACAUAUAAUGUGAGUCAAGAGCUAGAAAGGGGGGGCAUAUGUGUCGUUCGACAUUUCUUGUUUUACACUUGUCUUUAAUAUUUUGAUAGCAGUUUUAUUCAGUCAGUUGCAGUGUGUUAUUUUUAAGUACUUUCUCUAUGUCCCUCUCACAUACUGGAAUCAGCUUGUCUGUCUUGCCAUUGGGGCUUUGCUUGUCCUUAAGUGUAUCACAAAACUUUAUGCAGGUAUAAAAUUGAGACUUCAUAGGUGGAUCGUAUUAAGUAAGGAAAAGUUAAGUGUUGAAGAACCAUAUUUUUUUAAUUAUUUUAGAGUUACAGUGCCAUUCAUAAUACAUUGCUGACAAAGCAGUGUGCAGGGAAAUAAUAGUUCCAGAUUGUUCACAUUAUUAAUUAAUGUUAAGGAAUUAAGUUAUGUUCAUGCUUUAUAAUGUUGUGACUAGAAAUUAUGUUUUUGUUUAUUUUCUUUUGCGAAGUUUUGUUCAGACUUUAAGUAUUUAUGAAAUGUUAAUAUAAUUUUAGCUCACCUAUCACAAAGCGACAUGGUGAGCUUUUGUGAUUACUUUUCGUCCGGCCGUCCAGAAAUCUGUUGUUCACUUUUACUUUAAACGACAUCUUCUGGUAAUUCACAAAGCCAAUUUCAUCCAAACUUCAUGGGAAUGUUCCUUUGGUGGUCACCUUUCAAAUUGUUCAAAGAAUUUAAUUCCAUGCAAAACUCUUGUUGCCAUGGCAACCAAAAGAAAAAACUAAAAAAAUCUUCUUUAAGAAAACCCAAAGAGCUAGAGCUUAGAUAUUUAGCAGGAAACAUCUUCUAAUGGGUGUCUACCAAGUUUGUUCAAAUAAAAUCCCUGGGUUAAAAUUGGCCCUGGGGGUUACUGUUUUCCUAUAUGUAUAUAGUAAAAACUUUAGAAAUCUUCUUAAAAAAACCCCAAAGAGCUAGAGCUUAGAUAUUCAGCAUGAAACAUCUUCUAAUUGGUGUCUACCAAGUUUGUUCAAAUAAAAGCUGUGGAGACAAAAUUGGCCCCGCCCCAGGGGGUCAUUCUUUUUCCAAAUAUGUGAAUAGGAAAAACUUAGAAAGUCUUCUUUUAAAAAACCCAAUGAGCUAGAGCUUAGAUAUUCAGCAUGAAACAUCUUCUAAUGGGUGUCUACCAUGUUUGCCCUGUCGGGGGUGGGGAGGGGGUUAUUGAUUUUCCUAUAUAUAUUUAUAAAAACAAGAAAAAGGUUUAAAGGUUUUUUUUAAAAACCCCAAAGAGCUAGAGCUUAAAUGUUUGGCAUGAAAUAUCUUCUAUUGAGUAUCUACCAAUUUGUUAAAAAAAAGCCUUGGGGUCAAAAUUGGCCCGGAGCAAUUGAUUUUCAUUAUAUGCUUAUAGUAAUAACAAAAAAAUCUUUUUUUCAAAAACCCAAAUCAAUAAAUAUUCUGACUCAGGUGAGCGAUUCAGGGCCAUCAUAGCCCUCUUGUUUAUAUGUAGUGCCAUUUACAUUUUUAUAUAAAAUCAGCAGAAGCUAAAUGCUUACACAUUGAACACAAUGAUACAGUUUUACUUUUUAUUGUUUUUACAGUUAAUACUCGUACAUUUGUUAUUUUUUGAAGAUUUUAAUGAAUAAAUUUUAAGAAUUA